GCAGCAAGGCAUGGGUAUGAGGCAGUGGUGAAGCUACUGCUUGAUACUGGGAAGGCGAAUGUGGAUUCCAGGGACAUUGAGAAUCAGACUCCACUGUCACGGGCAGCAGAGUACGGGCAUGAGGCGGUGGUGAAGCUACUGCUUGAUACUGGAAAGGUGGAUGUUGAUUCCAGGGACUUUGAGAAUCAGACUCCACUGUCACGGGCAGCAGAGUACGGGCAUGAGGCGGUGGUGAAGCUACUGCUUGAGUCU